AUAAUGACAGAGAGAAAGGCAGCUGCUGCUCCCACGAAUAAGCUGGAGAAAAAGCCAUCGGUCGACAUAAACGAAAGUGCCGAGGCUUUCAUCCAGAAGUUCAGGCACCAGCUUCUGCUACAGAGGCUUGAAUCCAUUGAAAACUACGAGCAAAUGUUGGCUAGAGGUGCUGGCUAA